CCAAUCAGCGAGACACGAAUAGUCAGGGAAGGCGGGAGAAGAGCAGGGCGCGCGUGCGGAUGUCCGUUAUUGCCAGGUAGCGCGCGCGCGCGCCUCGUAAGGCAGGCGUGAAGGGGGCGAGCGCGCGGGGGGAACCUCGCUGUCCUGAGACACAGACGGGCACGAGGCGGUUACCCGCCUUCCGCUUCGGCAAGAACGGAAGCUCCAGGCGCCAUUUGUAACUCUGCCGGUCUCCGAGAGACAGAGAGAGGGAGAGAGAUUCCUCUGGAGCUCGCCCCUGAAAAAAGCCACCGCCGCGUCGGCUUCGACAUCUUCUAGGCCGCUGUGGGCGGGGUUUACUCGGACUUGGCCGGCCCUCCCGGGCCCCGCGCGCUUUCAGGAUGUCCGCACAGGCCCAAAUGCGCGCAAUGCUGGACCAGCUCAUGGGCACCUCCCGGGACGGUUCAAUGUAUCUAUGCCUGCCUACUUCAUUCUGCAAGGGAGUGUCAGAAAGGCCCCGCAUUCGCCGAGCCGAGACACUACCCGUCAGCGAAUCAAAUUCAGUGAUGACAGAGUGUGCAAAAGUCAUCUCCUCAACUGCUGCCCUCAUGAUGUCCUCUCUGGAACAAGGAUGGACCUUGGAGAAUGUCUGAAAGUGCAUGACUUGGCAUUAAGAGCAGAUUAUGAAAUCGCAUCCAAAGAGCAAGACUUUUUCUUUGAGCUUGAUGCAAUGGAUCAUCUGCAGUCAUUUAUCGCUGAUUGUGACAGAAGAACUGAAGUAGCAAAGAAAAGACUGGCAGAAACCCAAGAAGAAAUCAGUGCUGAAGUUGCAGCCAAAGCUGAACGAGUCCAUGAAUUGAAUGAGGAAAUUGGGAAGCUGCUUGCCAAAGUAGAACAACUUGGAGCUGAUGGAAAUGUUGAGGAGUCACAGAAAGUAAUGGAUGAAGUGGAGAAAGCAAGGGCAAAGAAGAGAGAAGCGGAGGAAGUGUACAGGAAUUCCAUGCCUGCUUCAAGCUUCCAGCAGCAGAAGCUCCGUGUGUGUGAAGUAUGCUCGGCUUAUCUUGGUCUACAUGAUAAUGACAGGCGGCUUGCAGAUCACUUUGGAGGAAAACUGCACUUGGGUUUUAUCGAAAUAAGAGAGAAACUUGAAGAGCUUCGGAGAAUUGUGGCUGAUAAGCAGGAGAAACGAAAUCAGGAGCGUCUAAAGCGAAGAGAAGAAAGGGAAAGGGAAGAAAAGGAGAAACUAAGGAGAUCUCGAUCCCACAGUAAAAACCCUAAAAGAUCUAGAUCUCGAGAUCAGCGUAGACAUAGAUCUCGUUCCUCCUCACGCGAACGAAAGAAAAGAACUCGCUCCAGAUCCCGUGAGAAACGUCACCGACACAGGUCUCGUUCCACCAGUCGCAGCAGGAGCCGCAGCCACCAGAGGAGCAGGCAUAGCUCCAGGGACAGGAGUAGAGAACGCAGUUCUAAAAAAAGAUCCUCAAAAGAAAGAUCUUCCAGAGAUAAAGAACGAUCAAGAGACCGCAACAGAACAUCACAUGACAAAGAUAGGAGCCCCAGAGAAAAAUCGCCUAGAGACCGAGAAAGCAAAGACAGGAAGCGUUCCUAUGAAAGUGCUAAUGGCCGAUCAGAAGACAGGAGAAGCUCAGAAGAGCGUGAAGCAGGGGAAAUAUAACUGGCUGUACAUUCACUUGAUCCUUUAGCUUCCUAUGGAGUUGCAUACUGUGGUUUAGUUUACAGUUUUUCAAAGGGACACCAGUGAGCAGUUCCACACACUGAUCCAACUAGGGUAGAUGUACAGUGUAUAAAAAUGGUUAUAAUGAAGUCUGAAUUGACCCCUUUCAAUUGAUAACUAAGGCUGUGUCCUCCCCCCCCCAAACUUAUAAAACAUUAUUUUCAAAGAUCUCCAAGAAAAACAGUUUUAUGUACCAGGAUGUAGAUCUCAAUGUUUAUCCUCCUUUUUCAAUACAAGUUAUAGUGAACAAACUAUAUUGUGCUCUUUGCCUUGAAUGCUUUCAAACCUUUUUAAAAUCCUCUAAUUUUGCUCCAGUCCAAACAGCAGCACUGAGUGGUUUUUAAAGAGGGUGGGUGGGAUGGGUCCCAAGCUUUUAUUAUCACUAUAAGAUUGUGUUCGCAGUUGUGUCUCGAGAGCCUAAGAUGUUUGGCAGUAUGUUUAGAUUGGGGACGUGUGCUGGAGAAAGCAGGGUUUUUUUAACAGUGCCUAUUUAGACUUGGAAAUUGAAUUUCAUUCUUUAAUUUCUACUGAAACUUUGAAAUCAAAGCCAGUCCCAUAUCUCUGUACCAUUUGAUUGGUAUGUGUUCAGUAUACUUUUUUCCAUGAGUCUUUUUUCUGCUUUUUCUUGUGGGGUGUUACCUGCACAUCCUUAAUUGUAAAAAAAUUAAAAUAAACAAAAAAUUAACCAUUU